AUGGCAGACAAGGACGAAAAGGCUGCAACCAUGGAACAGCACGAGGUCUUCGACCAGGCCAGAGCGGCAGCGGAUGAAGAGCACGAGAUGACAUUAGUCCAGGCCAUGCGGAAAUAUCCAAAAGCUGUGCUCUGGUCGGUGUUAUUAUCCACCUGCAUCAUCAUGGAAGGAUACGACAUCGUCUUGAUGAGUUCUUUCUUUGCACAACCAUCGUUCUCGCGCAAGUAUGGGGAGUUCAAUGAUCGUACUGGAACGUAUGAGAUAACGGCAUCGUGGCAGAAUGGACUCAGCAAUGCUGUUAGUGUAGGCACGAUCAUCGGAGCCUUCGCCAAUGGCUACUUUAUCCAUCGGUUCGGUUAUCGUCCGGUCUUGCUGGUAUCGCUCGCAGCCAUAUGUGCUUUGAUCUUCAUAUCUUUCUUCGCGCCCAACGCGCCCGUCCUCCUCGUUGGCCAGUUCCUUUGCGGCAUACCCUGGGGUGUCUUUGCUACCAUGGCACCUGCCUACGCCAGCGAGGUCUGCCCUCUAGCUUUGCGAGGCUACCUCACAGUAUAUGUCAAUCUCUGCUGGGCUUUUGGUCAGCUCAUCUCUGCUGGUGUGCAGUCAGCGUUUUCUGGUAAUACCACGCAGUGGGCGUACCGUAUACCCUUUGCCAUUCAAUGGGCAUGGCCCAUCCCUCUUUUCGCAAUUCUCUGGAUGGCACCUGAAUCGCCGUGGUACCACGUUCGUACAGGAAACCUCGAAAUGGCUGAGAAGAUGAUCACGCGACUUUCUUCCUCUUCGCAACGACACCUCACUAAGCAGAAGGUAGCCAUGAUGGUCCGCACGAAUGAACUGGAGAAGUCCCUUGAGGAAAAUACGUCAUAUAUUCAAUGUUUCAAGGGCAUCGACCGCCGUCGUACUGAGAUCGCGUGCAUGGUAUUCGCAGCACAGCCUAUCUGCGGUUCGGUAAUGGGAGGCACGCCAACCUACUUCUUCGUCCAAGCCGGCGUCCCAAACUCGAUCUCAUUCAAGAUGUCGGUUGGUGGCCUCGGUAUGGCAUCCGUCGGCACUCUCAUAUCCUGGAUCCUCAUGAGCUAUAUUGGUCGUCGAAAGCUCUAUCUGUGGGGGCUUGGUGGUUUAGCGACCAUCUUAUUCAUCGUCGGUUUCAUCAGCGUGGGCGCUGGUGACUCCUCCGGCGGAAACUAUGCUCAAGCUGCCAUGAUGCUCAUCUGGCUUUUCUGGUACUACAUGACCGUAGGUCCAAUCUGUUAUGCCAUCGUUGGAGAAGUCUCAUCCACACGUCUUCGGAGUAAGAGUGUGUGUCUAGCUCGCAUCACAUACUACAUCGCCCAGAUUGUGACCAACGUCAUCAACCCGUACAUGUUAAACCCUACUGCGGGAGAUUGGAAGGGCAAGACUGGUUUCUUCUGGGGCGGAGGCGCAUCUAUCUUCUUCAUCUGGACUUUUUUCCGGCUCCCGGAGACAAAGGGACGGACUUAUGAGGAACUGGAUAUCAUGUUUGCUGAAGGCAUUCCGGCGAGAAGCUUUGCGAAGCAUACUAUUGACGCAUAUGCUCAUGGGGAUUAUGUUGAUCGGAAACCUUCUGCAGAUGAACGCAUUGAGUGA